UCGGGCCAGGUGAUACAACCCACCUUCAACCGUGCCUUGAAUUCUGAAGUGCAAUCAGCCGUCCCUGAACUCUAGCCAGCUUCACAAAAGAUAAUUCAGACCUUCUGCCUGAGUCUUUUGGCCGAUGUUGGCAGGUUGAUUUUUGCCAUUCAUCGCAGAAGUUGAGCCUACAUGUUGACAGACAACAUCGAACGUACCUUGGCCAGGCAACGUCUGCCCUACGCGCGAAGAUGACAGAUGAACGUCGGGGAGACGAGAAUACUCGUCAUCCUUACCUGUCAGGGAACUUUGCGCCGAUUCAAUCGUGUCUCCCCUUGACUCCCUGCAGCCAUGAGGGCACGAUCCCUUCUGAUCUAGCAGGAGGCCAGUAUGUUCGCAAUGGCGGCAACCCGGUGACAAAUGAUGAUGCGAGCCGAGCGGCGCACUGGUUCGAUGGCGAUGGCAUGCUGAGUGGUGUUCUAUUCCGCCGGGCAGGGGAGAAGAACACUUUGAUCCAGCCGGAAUUCGUCAAUCAAUACCUGUUGACCGACGUCUACUGCCACGCAAAAACCAACAAAUACCUGCGCCGACCAGUAGUUCCGAGCAUCGCAACGCUGGUGAAUCCGGCAGUGAGCAUGGUUCGCAUCAUUCUCGAGGUUUUCCGAACCGUGUUUCUGGUAUUCCUCUCGCGACUCCCAGGCUUUGGUCGUCCUAUCAAGAAGAUUAGCGUCGCCAACACCAGUGUCCUAUUUCACAACGGGAGAGCGUUGGCAACGUGCGAAAGCGGCCCCCCGCUCAGAUUCGCAUUGCCAAGCUUGGAGACUAUUGGUUGGUUCAACGGAAGAACAGCAGAAAACGAACCGCGACAAAGCACCGAGAGUGGCUUUGGGGGUACAGGUGUCGUAUCCUUCAUGAGGGAAUGGACAACUGCUCACCCCCGAGUUGAUCCGGUGACAAAAGAGCUCAUUACGUUCCACGCUACGUUUGUCCAGCCGUUUGUGCGUUAUUCCGUGGUGCCAGCAACAUCAAAGUCCGGGACCGGCCGCUCUCCGGUGUUCGACCUAGCGGUUCCAGGAGUCGAGUCACCCAAGAUGAUGCAUGACUUUGGGGUAUCAAGGAACCAUACCAUUAUCAUGGACCUGCCGCUGUCGUUGGAUACCAUGAACCUGAUUCGCGGUGUUCCAAGCUUGUCGUACGAUUCGGCCGGGAGGUCACGCUUCGGAGUCUUCCCACGACACCAGCCGCACGCGGUUCAAUGGUUCGAGACUAACCCUUGCACCAUUUUUCACACCGCUAACUGCUGGGACUCGAUUUCAUCGGAGACAGAUGUCAAUGGUCCUAGUGUGUCGGUCAAUCUCGUGGCCUGUCGGCUCACUUCCGCAUCCAUGGUUUUCAGCGCCGGCAAUCUUCCCACGCCAGAGAUGAAGCCAGUGCCUCCCGAGUACGCUGAGGAGGAGCAGUGCCGAUUGUACUACUACAACUUCCCACUGUCGGCCGUCGCCGGAAUCCAAUACAAUAUCAGACACCAGUGGGCUUUAUCGGCCAUUUCCUUGGAGUUCCCAUCUGUUGCACCGGCGUACUCAAUGCAGGAGGCUCGAUACGUUUACGGAUGCUCCACCGGCGAGGCAUCUUAUACAGUUGCCCUUGGCAAAGCUGCAAAGAUCGACCACUUGGCCAAGUUUGACGUUCGAACAUUGAUAGCACGAGGCGUCGCACAACCACCACAGCCAGUCAAAGGCUGUGUAGAUACACGUAGCAUUGCCCAGGUCAUAGAGAGCCAGGAUCCGCAAGACCCUAUCAAGCUCUUCCGAAUGCCCGUCGGAUGGUAUGCGCAAGAGCCAAGGUUUGUACCUCGGCGUGAACUAGACUCCGAGGACGACGGAUGGCUGUUGACAUACGUGUUCAAUGAAGAUCAGCUCGACGAACAUGGUGAAUGUGUGCGCGAUGCUGCGAGCGAGUUGUGGAUAAUUGACGCGAAAGAGAUGAAGGAGGUCGUGGCUCGGAUCAAAUUGCCGCAGCGCGUACCGUACGGAUUGCAUGGAACCUGGUUUAGCGAAGAGGAGAUUGAUGAGCAGAAGCCAUUUGAGAGAGUAAGGACUUUGGCUUCGUGAAGAAGAGCAUAGCAAAUUGCGUCUGAGGUUGGUUGAAGGGAUACUGGGCCUGUCUAAUUAUUAGCUGGUGGGAAAUUUCCUUCAUGAUACCAUGUCUUUUCUAGCGAGCAGGGAAGGAAGUAAUGGCGCGUGUGUGUAGAUAAUGGGAACUCUGGUUCAACUGCAUGAUGAACAAAAUAUGCGCGAGAUAGUCGACCUGACGAGAAACGGUUUUCAUAAUCAUCGCGCGACGGCCCUCCGUCUUUGUCUGCAACGUGUCGUGUCCCAGUCUGACCAA